ACGCCCCCCCUCCCUCCCUCGCCCCCCCCGUCAGGACCGCCGGUCCUCCCUUCAGAGGCGAUGACAGCCUCCAUGUGAAACGGCCGGCUUCUGGGACAUUCCAGUAAUUCCCUCGAAAACCGACUCGCGGACGAUCGCCAAACAGAUUUUUUGCAUUAUUGGAUUAACGGGCGUCGGGCGCGCGGCUUUAUCCCUGAGAGGCCCGGAGGAUCGUGUCCCGUCGGCAGGGAGGAGUCCGUCUCCUUGUCCUCACCGCGGAACACGAAGCCAGGCCGGCAUGUCGGCGCUUUAACAACCACGUCUCCAACACGAAGCCUCACAGAGCGACCCGAUGCCGUCUUAAAGGAUGGAGGUGGAGGUGAGUGCUGGCAGGGACAGCACCCGGAGGAGAGCAGCACCACCAGCAGCAGCAGCAGCAGCAGAUGAUGCGGGUGGAGGAAGCAUGGAGGCUCAGGUCGUACCGCUGGAGCUCUACGACUCUGCCAGGGCCAAAAUUGAGGCAAACCUCCGCUGGUUGUUCGCCAAAGCGUACGGUACAGAUCACAUCCCCACGGACCUGCACAACCCCUUCUACACAGACCAGUACGACCAGGAGCACAUCAAGCCCCCCAUCAUCCGCCUGCUGCUGUCUGGAGAGCUCUACUGCCGGGUGUGUGGGCUCAUCCUGCACGCUGAGCAGGCCGCCUCCCUCCAAAGCCACCAGUCUGUCAUCCAGGCCCUGUCCAGGAAAGGCCUCUACGUCCUGGAGACAGACGACACGCCCGUCUCCGAUCUGGACCUCAGCUCGACUCCCUUCAAGAUGAGCUCCCACGUCCACCUCAUUGAUGCCCUGAUGAUGGCCUAUAUAGUGGAGAUGAUCAGCAUAGAGAAGGUGGUGUCCAGUGUCAAGCGUUUUUCCAACUUCAGUGCCUCCAAGGACUUGCCUUUCGACCUGGAAGACGCAAUGGUCUUUUGGAUCAACAAGGUGAACAUAAAGAUGAGGGAGAUCGUGGAAAAAGAGCUGAAGAUGAAGCAGCAUUUGCUGGAGUCCCCCAGCCACCAGAAGCCUGAUAUAUUGCAUGAACUGGCUAGCUGCUCAUGGGAGCCUAUGGAAUUCUUUAACAUGGUACGUUACCGCAGAGAUCACCUGUCCGGUCGGGCACUUCAGCACUUCCCUCUGCUGGACGACCUGCUGAAGGACGUGUGUGACGGCACGGCUCUGCUGGCUGUGAUACACUUCUAUUGCCCGGAACUCAUUCGACUGGAAGAUAUCUGUCUGAAGGAUGUGCCCUCCAUAGCAGACAGUAUGUACAACAUCCAGCUACUACAAGAGUUUUCUCAUGAAUACCUGAACAAAUGCUUCUAUCUGAAGCCCGAGGACCUGCUGUACUCUCCGAGAGUACUAAAGAAUAACAUCAUGGUCUUCAUUGCUGAGCUCUUCUGGUGGUUUGAGAUUGUGAAGCCGGACUUUGUGCAGCCCAGGGACCUCCAUGAAAUCAGAGAUGUGAGAUUGCUGCUACAGCCCAAGACUUCAAGAUCUCACGUCCCCAUCUCCAACGUCACCAAACGUAGUUUCCUGCCAUCAUCAAACUCUGCUGACUUCUUGACCACGAGCCCGAGUCCCGACCUCAGCAGUAAACCAGGCUCCCUAAGCCCAUCUCACCCGUUACUGCCGCUGAGACAGAGACAGCAGAAGGUGGCCGAGAGCACCUCAGUGCUGAGGAAUAGGUCCAACUCCCUCACUCGUGAUGGCCAGCACCAUGGCUCUAUACUGGCCUGGCCAGAGAGGAGGCAGAGGCCUUUAUCCCAACAGUUGCCCUACGCUUUGCAUUGUCCCCUGGAGGACGACGCAGACAGUAUCAGCCUUGCACGCUCCAUCAGCAAAGACAGCCUGGCCUCCAAUAUACUGAGCAGUACCCCCAAACACAUGCUGGGACCUCAACUGCCUCAACACCGGCUAAGUGGUCAAAGCCUGCUGAGUCACAUGCGCAUCGAGGACGAGGAAGAGGAAAUAGAAGAGGAGGAACUCGUUGCUGUAAUCCACCCAUCUGUGUUUUCUCGAUGUCGACUCGGGAGUGACAUGGAGCAGGAUGAGCUGGAGAUCCCAAGUGCGACAUCCGCCUCCGGGGUUUCCAGUAGUCGUUGCUCUCCCCGCCUCGACGUCGGCCCCUUUCCUGCCGACCACCCGGCAGAUAGCUACUAUCUGGAACCCCUGAUGCCUUCCAUCCCUAAGCCGGCCAAAGAGAAGAGCAUCAGCCUGAACAAGGAGGAGGAGAGUGGCGAGAGUCGCUGUAAAGGGACCGCAGCUGCUAGGAGAGCCGCCGUUAAUGCCCCGAGCACCUCACAGAGGAAAGCCCAGGCGGCUGGGUCAAACAGAGGCAGCUUUACCCCCAUACCUGUGGCGGAAUCAGUCACCAGCUCCACCAGGCCACCCACAGAGGGGUCGGCAGGGAUGCGUCAGUCCGAGAGGAAGCAGCCGUUGGGCUUUUUCCUCCAUUCGUCGGGAGAUGCCGACUGCCACGCUCCUCCCUGCACUGCGCUGGAUGCAGGGCACGACUCUGACUCCGACAUCGCAGACCUCGAGGAGGACGACGAGGAGGACGACCUGAUGGAGCUGACCAAAGAACUCGCGAGGAGGGGAAAGGGAGAGUUCUCAGAGGAGGGAGAGGUGUGUGAAUUUGGAGAGGGCGAGUCGGCCAAACUGAGGGAAGACUUGAAGGUAAGCGAGCGGGACGACAAGGAAAGCGGCAGCGGGCGCUCAAGCCCGUGCCUCAGCACCGCAUCGUGGGCGAGCAGCUGCAGCGCCACGUGCAGCACCAGCGUCAAGAUGACCAGCUUCGCCGAGAGGAAGCUCCUUAAACUGGGCCUCCGGGACGGAUUCUCCAGCACCAGCAGUUCCCAGAAGACCACACCAGACGGGUCUGAGGUGACCCCCGGCUCCCCCUGGCAGAUGAGGAGCGACAGCGCCCCCGGCUGGCUAGGAAAGGAGCCUAUUUCGGUCUUGGGAAAGAGUUUGGCGGCGAGUCCCCCGGUUGUGCCUUCAGAGCUGCUGCAGCUUCACAUGCGGCUCGAGGAGCAAAGACGAGCCAUCGAGUAUCAGAAGAAGAAGAUGGAGGCCCUCUCGGCGCGGCAGCGGCUGAAGCUGGGGAAAGCUGCCUUCUUGAACAUCGUGAAGAAGGGUGGAGGGAAGAGCGACACACUUCCCCUGCCUCUGAAACACUCACAGCAAUCCUUAGAGCUCACCGACAGGAGUAAAAUAAAGACCCUGUCAUGUAGGGACGACUCCUGUCUCGAUGCUCUGAAGGUGCAGGCGACGGCGGGUCAAGCUGAGGUGGGACAGAUGAGCAGGUACAACAAGCUGUCCCAGGAUAACGUGGCGGAACCGGACUUGAAUGAGUGUUCCCACUCCAUAGAUCUUCUCAAUGAAGCUAUUAGUUCCAUCCAGCAGCAGAUGAUGCAGCUGUCCUUCCAGCAAGACCUGCUGAUGAAGCGCGCCGUGUCGUCUCCGGAACCGCCCGUGAAGCACGCGGUGUCGCCUCCGGAGCCGCCGCUGAAGCGCGCAGCGUCACCUGAAGAACACGUGGAAUCCAGCUCCAGCCCGACCCCCGACACGACAGCAGAAUCAACAUCCUCUACCUCAGACCCCAGAGCUUUUGCGGUUCACUUUGUGGAUAUUAGCGGCAGCAACGUCGCCCCGGCCCGACGCCCACCCAAGCUCAGCUCCAGCCAACGCACCAAGGCCUCGGAGCCGAGACAAAGCAAAGAGAACAGCAAGGUGGCUUCUAUCAAGUCGUGCACUCAAUCCCCGGAGGGCAGAGGAGAGAGGAGUGUCGCUGAGAGCUCCAGACCGGAGAGAAACCUUCAGAGAAACAGCACCUUCAGAGUCCGCGAUGAGCCCGACCAACGCAGCGCUGGAGAGGGGACUGGCUGCGCCUCGGACGGCGCAUUGAUGUCUCCCUCGCGGGCCGCGGAACACGAGGAGAACACGGCCGCCGACUCGGGGCAAGAUGCCGUGGGUGGAGAUGAGAAUGCAAGGGUCAAGGGUCAGCUGAUCGAGGUGGACCUGUCGGAGCUCAAGGAUCCUCUGGCGGACGGCAGCCUGGAGGUUCCAGACUGCACGGCAGAGGGCGAGCAGAAGAGUGUGAUAGGUUUCUUCUUUAAGGAUGAGGAGAAAGCAGAGGAUGAAAUGGCAAAACGUCGUGCUGCCUUCCUCCUCAGGCAGCAACGCAAAGCUGAAGAGGCGAGACUACGCAAACAGCAUCACGAAGUCGAGAGUGAGCUCAAACGUGACGAGACCAGGCGCAAGGCAGAAGAGGACCGUGUUCGCAAGGAGGAGGAGAAGGCGAGGCGAGAGAUAAUUAAGCAGGAAUACCUGCAGAGGAAGCAAGAAGCCUUGAUGGAGGAGCAAGGUCUCGUCAAGCCCCGCCCACGCACUAAAUCACGCCGGAGCAGACCGAAAUCCCUCCAUCGCGCCGAGUCCAACAGCCUCUCCAAAGGAUCCACCACACGUGAUUCUCUGAAGAAGUCCAUGUUGAUCAAAGCCCAGGGCUCAGCAGCAGGCUGCAGGGGAGCAGAGCUGAGCUGCAGCCAUCGAGGAUCAACGCUCUCCUUGGCGACUGAGGCCGACAGCGUCAUCUCUGGAGGGGCGGAGUGUCGCAGGGCUGGAUCUGUGUGCUCCAUGGAGUCGUUCCCUACGCUGAGCAGGGCGUCGAGCAGGAACCUGGAGAGGGACUGGGAGAACGCCUCCAUAGCCUCGUCCAUCACUUCUACAGAGUACAACGGUCCUAAACUCUUCAAGGAGCCGAGCUCCAAGUCCAACAAGCCAAUCAUCAUCAACGCCAUCGCUCACUGCUGCCUGGCUGGGAAGGUUAAUGAGACCCAGAAGAAUGUUAUUCUGGAGGAGCUGGAAAAGUGCGAGUCCAAUCACCUGAUCAUCCUCUUCCGCGACGGCGGGUGCCAGUUCCGCGGCAUCUACUCGUACUCGCCGGACACGGAGGAAAUCGUCAAGUUCACGGGCACGGGGCCGCGCUGCAUCGGCCGCAAGAUGAUCGACAAGCUCUACAAAUACAGCUCGGACCGCAAGCAGUUCAACGCCAUCCCCGCCAAGUCGGUGUCGGUCAGCGUGGACGCCCUGACCAUCCACAACCAACUGUGGCACGUCAAGAGGCCGGGGAGUGCACGGAGGAAGUGAGACGGAGGACGUGAGACGGAGGACGCUCGGUUGCGUCUGCUUCUGUUGGGCCGGACCCAAUAGUCUCCGAGGCGACGGACAUGUGAUCACGUGACUGACAUGUCUGACAGGGUGGCGUUUAGACGCUGUGAAGGGCGAAGGCGUCGGUCUGAAUGUUUAUUUUCUUUUGUCUCUUUAGCUUUCUAUUCUGCAUGUCACACUUUACAUUUGCGGCUACGUGAGGACGGACGGAUUCUCACGCAGCAGUGAGGACGAGACGGACCCCUCAAGUCCAAUGCAGCUGGAUCUACGACACAGUAGCCGGCAUUCUAUCGACGACAAGUGCAACCGCACGCAGUGAUGGACAUUCUCCUGAUGAUGCUAUUUCAGCAAAAAACAUACCCGACUGCUGUGAGCAAUCCAGGCUUCACACCCGGAGCCCCCCCUUAUUCACUAGUGACUCCGACUGGUCAGUGCUUUUUUGAAAGAUGGAACUAACUUUUUUUAUGUAAGGAUGGGAUGGAUGUUAGUGGGUGGUAAUGUCCAGUCUCGUUUUUCUAUUGAGUGUGUUUGCGGGUGCGUGAGUCUUUGUGUUGAGGAAGUGCGUCCCGCUCUGAAUGUGAAUGUCUCACCCUCUUAAUUAUGCUUUAAAAGAAGGCAACGGAAGCGUGGAGCCAAACCACUUUUUGCUUUGUUCUGUUUAUGAGGCGUUGUGCUGCUGAUACAGAAGAGAAAGAAAGUUUUACAAAAGGGAGAAUUGUACUUGUAUUCCAGACAUGAAGCGCUUUCCAGACUUAGUGCAUUAUUCCUUUCAGUAGUGCAUUAUAUCGUAUUAAGUUCAUACGCCACCCGAAAGAGCCGCCAGAGAACGUCGCUGUACCAAAUCGAACUGAGCUUUGCCACCGAGCUGCUUGCUGCUCAUUAACUCAUCACCGGGUCCUAGUGAGGAGUACGAUUUCAAUGUAGCUGCUGGCGCUCAACGCGCGAUAACUUCUUCCCCUGUAAUGACGGAUGGUCAGCGGCGGCUGCGAUGUGGGACAAACCGCACAAUACUUGAUAUUUGUUUGCUGCAUUUUUGUACAUUUUUUAGUAGUACUUUUCUGUCCGUUACGUACAAGUUAUGUUUACUAAAACGCAGGCACUAUUUUGAGGUUCAUUGGAGAUAUGAGUAUUAUUUCACUGUGUUGUAUUUUAUGUUUAUUUAUUUUGAAGAGAUAAUAAAAUGCAACUCGGUAUGUUUUAUGAUGAAUGUG